AUGUCUAGCGGCACCUCCACCCGCUCGCUGCACGCGGACGACGUGCUGAACCUCGUCUCCGAUGUCGCUCCCCCAAUGCAUGUGGCCACCACCUUCCGCUAUCCAAAUGACCCGGCCGCCCUAGUCCCGGCCGCCGACAUUGCCAACUCUGGAACUCCAGACCCAACCUCCCACAUCUACUCCCGCCUCUCAGCCCCAAACCCAACCCGCUUCGAAACAAUCCUCUCCUCCCUCUGCGCCGGCCAAACGAUCGCCUACUCAUCCGGCCUCUCCGCGCUGCACGCAGCCCUCACCCUCCUAAAUCCACGCCACAUCUCCGUCGGCGAAGGCUACCACGGCUGCCACGGCGUCAUCGCCCUCUUCACUCGCACAACUGGCCUGAAAAAACUCCCCUUGGACUGCGCCGCAUCCGCCCUGCAAAAGGGAGACGUAAUCCUCCUCGAAACACCUGUCAACCCCAAAGGAACCGCCUUCGACAUAGCCCACUUCGCGGAGAAAGCACACGCCCGCGGCGCCGUCCUCAUCGUCGAUAGCACGUUCGCUCCACCCGGUCUGCAGCAGCCGUUUGAUUUUGGCGCGGAUGUUGUUAUGCAUUCUGGCACGAAGUAUUUUGGUGGUCACAGUGAUUUGCUUUCUGGGGUUCUGGUUACUAGGAACAGAGAGUGGUAUGAGCAGCUUUAUAAAGAUCGUGUUUUUCUGGGCAGUGUUAUGGGGAAUAUGGAGUCCUGGCUUGGGGUGCGGAGUCUGCGUACGUUGGAAGUGCGCGUGCAGAGACAAAGUGCCAAUGCGUCAAAUCUGGUUUCUUGGCUGCAUACUGCCCUGCACACGCCUAAUCCCAGUCCGGACAGCGUCGAAGCAGCGGUACAAUCUGUUCUGGAAGAAGUGUACCACGCUUCUAUCCAACAGACGGAGGGUGACUGGCUGAAGAAGCAGAUGCCGAAUGGAUUCGGACCCGUGUUUUCCAUUACAAUGAAGACUGAGCGAGCUGCGCGCUAUUUGCCGAGUAAAUUGCACUUCUUUCAGCAUGCGACUAGUCUGGGGGUUGUUGGAUUGGAGAAUUGGGAGGAUCUCAAGUCGGAUCUUGUUGGUGCGUUUAGGGAGUUGGCGAAGGAGUCGAAGGAGUGA